GAUAGGUUUUUAACAAGAGCAAAAGACUCAUUUUGGGAACCAAGAACAUAAUCAGUGUGAGCCCCCAGCUUGAGAGCAAGGAAGAACUUCUGUCCUGAGGGGUGUGCAGCCACAGACCGGCAAAGUCAACAUCUACGUGAAAUUCCUGCGGCUGACAACAACAUGCAAAUCCCGAUGGCGCCUGGCCAAAGCUGCUGUGCCCUGGCUAUCCUGCUGGCAAUUGUGAACUUCCAACAUGGUGGAUGUAUUCACAUCAGCAGCUCAGCAUCCCAGGAAGGAGGGCGACUGGACUUCACCUGUACUUUGCAGUACAAGAAAGAUGAAGCUGAGGGGCUAAUUCUCUUCUGGUGCAAAGACAGAUCUUGGAACUGUUCCCCUGAGACCAGCUUGGAACAGCUAAAGGUUAAAAGGGAUCCUGGGACAGACGGUGUCAUUGAAAAGUCAUCUCAGUUGGUGUUUACGAUAGAACAAGCCACACCAUCAGACAGUGGGACCUACCAGUGCUGUGCCAGAAGCCAGAAGUCAGAAAUCUACAUUCAUGACCAUUUUCUCUCUGUUCUUGUCACAGAGAACCACACGGAAAUAAGACAGAGGAAAAGGUCACACCCUGACUUCAGCCAUAUGAAUGGCACUCUCAGUUCAGGCUUCCUGCAAGUAAAGGCUUGGGGGAUGCUGGUCUCCAGCCUGGUGGCCCUUCAAGCUCUAUGAACCUUGUGACAAAGAGAAAAAAUAAACUUCAGAGGAAGCUACAGCAAGGGAAACCUGACGAUGAACACAGAGAAAACUGGUCCAUAGGACGGAUGCCAAGUACUCCAGCACCAGCAGGGCGAGCGAGAUGGUCAAGCAAGUAAAGGCGCUUGCCUGCCACACUUCAGGUCAAACCCGUGCACCCACAUGGUGGAGGGACAGAACUGACUCCUACAAGCUGUCCUCUGAUCUCCACUGGAGUGCCAUGCGUCCAUCCCAGUCAACGAAAACAUCCCAAGAAUCUGGAAGAACAGUUGGUAUCCGUCUGGAUUCCUCCCACACUGUCGGAGCAAGGGUGGUUUCUCUCACCUCAGUGCCACUAAAGAAAACAUUUUGCAAAUGUCAAUGAUGUAUAGUCCUUAAAUACCAGGUAUGUUUUACACCACAGAACAAUGUUUUAUCUCCACACAAUAAAAUAAGCAAGUUUUAAUUUUA